AAUAUUGUUUUAGAUAAGAUGAUUCUUCCUUUUAUCCUUGUAGGAGCCUUUUUUAUGCAUGUUGAAACCAAGAAAUAUUUGAUUGAAACGCUAGAAAUGGAAAAUAGUACAACAGGUAUCAGUGGAUACGGAGAACACUCCUAUGUUGGAAGUGAUAAAGGAGAAAAUGAGGAGCAAGGAGAAGGGAUUGGAAGAGAAGAAGAAAAUGUGGAAGAAGAGAUCGGAGGAGAAGAAGGGAAGAAAGACGGAGGGAUUGGAAGACAAGAAGAGAAGGAAGAAGGAGGUGAGGAUGGAGAUGGAAACGAAGAUAAUGACGAAGAAGAAGGAAAAGAAGGAGGAGGAGAAGAGGAAGAAGGAGGGAAAGAAAAAGGGGGUGUUGUGAAUGAAAAAGAAGGGAACGGACAUGAAGGAGAAGAUUACAGUGCACACCCCUCUUGGCUUCAACGCAAAGGAGUUGGAUUUAAGAAUUAUAAAGAGGGCCGAAGUUCUGCUUGUAGUUUAACCAGCUGGUCCCCCUGGGCACAAGCCAGCAAUUCACCAAGUUGUUCACAGAAAAAGGAGUACCGAAAAAGAAAAUGUAAACAAGGAAGAAAAUCGUGCCCCCCUGUUCGAUGUGGGAAUAAGAAACUGAAAGAAUUCCAGAGCAAACCAAGUACCUGCUGUAACUGGGGUGCCUGGGCUGAAUGGUCGCUACCAGAACAUAAAUGUGUAGAUUCACAGGUUCAGAGAAAGAGAGUUUGUAAGAAUUCUGAUGCAUCUUCUGGGUUUUACAGCAUGUUAGCAAAAUGUACAAUUGAGGACUGUAGAAAAGGCCCAGGUCCCCUGGAUGAUACUGAAACUAAAAUAAUGCCAGGAGUCCCCUGCUGUGCCUGGUCUACCUGGAUGGAAUGGUCUACACCGAACAAUAUCUGCGUAAGCUCACAGGUUACAAGAAAGCGGGUAUGUGAGAGCACAGCAAAAUCUGCAAGUCCGUACGCAGCAAAUCGUAUGAUAUGCACUCUGGAGUCUUGUAACCAAGGUCACGGAGCAGCACAGGAUACAGAGACGAAAGAAAUUGUAGGAGUGUCUUGUUGUGGCUGGUCAACUUGGGGAGACUGGUCAACUCCAGCAGAUACAUGUGUAGACUCACAGGUGAAGAGAAAACGAAAUUGUUUGAGUUCAGCCAAUAAAUCAAAAUUCUCGGCAGCUCAAGUUUCAUGUACUGUUGAUGAUUGUAAAGAAGGAUUUAAUCCUCCAGUUGAUGCUGAAACUAAAGAGGUUAAAGCUGUUCCAUGUUGCAACUGGUCUAGCUGGGAAGAAUGGUCGACUCCUCAGGACAAAUGUGUGGAUUCAGAGAUAAAGAGAAAAAGAGAGUGUGUAAAAUCUUCUUUAUCUAAUGCUCACUCCAGAAGUCCAGAAAUGUGUCCUGCUGAAUUCUGUCAGCAGCAUAGCAAACUUUUAGAUCGGGAAACUAAAAUAGUUACAGGAGUAAACUGUUGUACAUGGAGUAGUUGGGUUAAUGUUGGACCAUGCAAUGUAUCGUGUGGGACAGGAGCACAAAAAAGGGUUAGAGAAUGUCAAGGUGGAAACUACUGUACCCUGCAGUCCUGUCAGGGGACAAAUCAAAUGAACUAUCCCUGCAAAAAGUCAGCCUGUCCUGCUUCUGGUUAUGGUAGAAAGUAGAAUAAUUGUAUUAUUUAUAUUUAUGAAAUACAUUUAUCUAUUAAAUCCAUA